AUGCCCAUCCAGACCAUUGCUGCACCUCUAAAUGGCAAGGUUGCCAUAAUCACGGGAGGCACCAAGGGAGUGGGUAGAGCCACUGCUCUCACUUUUGCUGCUCAAGGCUGUUCUCACAUCGCCAUUACUCACCGCUCGGCUGAUCCCAAACCAACCCUCGAUGCUAUCAAAGCUGUUUCUGCCGACAUCGUCACCUGCGCCGUGCAAGCUGACAUUAAUGAUGCUAGCUUUGGGUCUGUUGUUGUGAACAAGUCCCUGCAAGGCCUUGGGGUGUCUCAUAUCGACAUCGUUAUCUCCAACGCCGCCCUCCUUGAUGUAGACGCAUAUGUCCCCGUCGCUCAGAUCGAUAAGGCAAAGUUUGAUAUGUACAUGACGACGAAUGCAUGGGCGGGCUUCCACCUUGCCGUGUCUGCUGUCUCCUACAUGACGAAACCUGGUGGGCGCAUCAUCUUCGUCUCUUCUGGAGGCGCGAAGAUGCCGUUUGGUGAUCCAAAUGUUGGACAUUGUUUCAGUAAGGCGGCUAUGGACUCAAUCGCCGCUAACCUGGCCUUGGUGUACGGAAAGGACAGCAAAUUGACAGUCAAUUCUAUUGGUGUAGGCGCGACGGACACCGAGAGCUUGAGGGGCGCCGACCAGAGAUUUCCGGGCUACUUUCAGAUGGCGGCCAGCAUGAGUCCGCUGAAUCGAGUGGGGACGCCCGAAGAGGUGGCCAGCAUCAUCGCGUUUGUGGCGAGUCCCGCAGCAAGCUGGAUCAACGGGAACCAGGUGCCUGCAAAUGGUGGCAUGCUGCGUAUACUGCAGUCUUGA